AUGAGAAACGCCCGGUGGAACGGACUACAACUGGCCGACGUGACGCAUUCCUUCCACCUCUCCUCCCACCUCUGCAGGAGACAUGAGGACUCCCACUGGCAUCACCGCACAGGAUAUAGGGCUUUCGGGGGUUGGGCGCAGGAGGGGGUGGGGGAGAGCCGGGGGCGGGAGUGUAGGGGGGGGGGGGGUCGGGGGGGGGGGCGGGGGGGUGGGGGAGGAGAGGUGGGUGGCGGGGGGGGGGGGGCGGGGAGGGGGGGUGGGGGGGCGGGGGGGAGGGAGGGGGGGGAGGGGUGGGGGUGGGCGGUUGGGGGGGGGGGGGGGGGGGGGGGGGGGGGGGGGGGGGGGGGGCCCUGGGGGGGGGGAGGGGAUGGGGGACGGGGGGGUGUGGGGAGCGGGGGGGAUGGCAGGUGGGGUGUGGGGGGGGGGGGGGGGGGGGGGGGGGGGGGGCGACGGGUGGGGGGGGGGGAGCGUGAGUGGGAGGAGGGGGUGGGGGUGUAG